CAGAAAGUACGGACCGUAGAGGAUCUUUGCGAAGUGGAGGACGGCGUGCGUCGAGAGGUAAGAAAUACAACAAGCGUUUCGCUUCCUGAGGCCGAACACGAAGAGUCUGAUUUGAAGCCGUCGAUAACUUGAAUGGGACCUCAAUCCUACGAUCUUCGUAGCUGUCUCGUCCUCGUACUGUAUACACGAAAAAAAAAUCGCGUCCACAAGCCUGAGCCUGAGAAACAACUUACAUUCCGAUGGACGUCCCGGCGGAUGAAGGACGUCGGGAGGGUUCCUGGCAUUGUAUGUAUACGUCGAAGGCAAAGAUGCUGGCCCUUCACGGACGACACAGCGAUCCAGAUGUCCUACAUAGAGUGAGAAAAAAUAAUCAUAAAGGAUCGACAGUUACGGUCCCGGGGGAUGUGUGACGACGGGAGGGAGUACGCUUGAAACCGAUGCCGCAGUGGCACUCA